CCUGCUUCUCGUUAACCUUCCACUUUGUUUAUCUUUGAUAAUGACCACCGUGUUUGAACACAAAUUUCACAUAAAUUACGUAUUGUUUUAAAAAAAAAAGUGAUCCGAGAAAUUGGACGGAAUCGCAACGAUGAAUAUGCCGACGUCGAAAUUCACUCCUCAGGAGUUUAUACAGCAGACUUUCGCACCGAUGAUAGCCGUAAUUUCGAGUGAAGGUGUUGAAAGCUGUUGUCAACGGAACAAUCUGUCAUUUACAGAAAUGCUCAAACCGUUUUCCAUGACCACCUUGGAGGGUUACACCAGGGAGAUUGCUGGGAGUAUGAUUCAGACCAAAAAUUUAAGGUUGAACUUUUGCGAUUUAAAUUCAAGACCUCCUCCUCCACAGACAGCGAGAUCGUAUUUCAACCAAGCCGUCAGCUCACAUAUACACGACAGAACUAAAGAAAUAGUAAUAGGCAAUUGCAAAUUCGACAUUCCACAAACGGUCCCAUGGUACGAAGCAUGGAGGCACACUUUUCUUCAAGUUCAAUCACCUUUGGAUCAUGAAUUUGUGAAACAUUACAUUGGCUGUCUCAUUGUAAUCUCCUCCCUUGAUUCAGAUCCGAUGGCAUUAAUCGCAGAAAUGUCUGAUAAUGUUUCUAACCAAAUACUCAAUGGGAAUCAUAAGCUAUUAAAGUGGUUUGGCCCUCCACAUUCCAUCUUAUUUACUUAUUUACUCCUACACGACAAUUCAAUCUCCGACGAAGCUAAGAGUGUAGCAACAUUUGAAGCAAUCGGCGCCACUUACGGGUCCCAGAAAUGUUUCAUAUUAGGAAUUAAUUCUAGGAAAGAUGGUCACGAUAUGUCCAAUUUGCCGGACCCAUGGAUUCAGUAUAUUUCUUCAGACAUUUCAUACAAAGAUGAGAACAAAGAUAAUGAAAUUGAACAUGCUAUUGAAGCUGGUCAAGAUACUCUUGAAAAAAUGACUUCACCAACGCCAAUAAUAAUUCAUCCACUUAGUCCAGUUACUGAUGAUCAAGUGUCUGUUACAACAAAAAAUGAAUCAAACGGUGUAAGCAAAGAACCCUCAUCACAGCAUGGAAUGUAUCUUACCUCAGAAGACAUAAAUAAAAUCAAGAAAUUUGUCAAUGAUUUCUUUGUAAAAGCUUUGAGUCCAUAUUUCCAACAAAGUAUUAACCAAUUAAAUGAACAGGUGUCAAACAAAAAGGGAAUGAGUAGAUCUUUACUGAGUGCUACCAAGAGGUGGUUUGGUGCACCAAAACCUGGGUCUCCAGGUAAUCACAUUUCUCCAAAUGCAAUCGCGUAUUCAAGCGAUUCGCAUGAACUUCAAUUAAGACGCCUCGGAGACCUGUGUUUCAUGAUCGGGCAUUAUCAAAUGGCGUUUAAUGCUUAUCACAGUGCUAAAAGAGAUUUCAAUGCCGAUGGUGCUUGGCUUCAUUAUGCAGGAGCUUUGGAAAUGGCUGCCCUUUCAGCGUUUAUGGCCAACUCAGACAAUCUCACUCGAAAAGUGAUAGAUUAUUUUGAAGAGAGUAUUGUCACUUAUCAAAACGCUUGCAGAAUGAACCAAUUUGCCACAAGGGCGACAAUAAUGAGUGUCGAAUGUUUAAAAGGCAACGGCCUUUUUGGCGAAGCUGCAAAGCAAUUAAUAAGGAUGGCAGGGGAAGACUCAGAUCUCAGAAGCGCUGUACUACUUGAACAGGCCGCUUAUUGUUUUCUAAGUUGCCCUAGACUGGUUAUGUACAGGAAAUAUGCAUUCCAUAUGGUUCUAGCUGGAAAUAGAUUUUCUAAGGCAUCACAUAAAAAUCAUUCGAUGAGAUGUUACCAUCAAGCUUAUCAGGUCUAUAAUAACAAGAAUUGGAUGAUUGCUGAAGACCAUAUCUUAUACACAAUCGGCAAACAUGCAACUCAGUUAAAAUUACUUGCAAACGCUUACAAUGCAUUAAGCUUACUAGUCACAAGAUCUAGUCCGCAAUCAGAACAGCAGCAGCAACAAUUUUUUGAGGAAUACAUAAUCGUUGUGCAGAAUUUACUUAACAGCGGUGUGGAAGUAAUGUUGAAUUUGCCCGUGAUACAAAAUCACCUCACAGAAAUUCAUCUUUGUGUUUCUACUGAUGUUUCGAUAGGAGGGGAAAUCACAGCAACAUGCAUUGACAAUAGCCAAAAUGAUCCUAUAUGGCACAUCUUAGAAGAAAAGCUGGUCAAUUAUGCUGGGGGAGUGAAAGUGAUGAUAUUUAAUCCAAUUAUUGAAAUAAUAACAUCUAAAAGCAAACAGACAGUUUCAGCCAUAGCCGUUUGUGGAGAAACUGUAGGAGUUUACGUUUCCCUUAAAAAUCCGCUGCAUAUUCCUAUCAAGAUUACUGGAAUGCAGCUUACUUGGCAGUUUGUAUCGGAAAAUGGUGAAGUUAGCAGCAAUGAAAAUUGUGCCUACGCCACAGCUCACAUAUGUAAUGAAAUUAAUUUACAAGCCGACUCCACCAAACAUGAACUUCUGACUAUCACACCAAAUGCAGUGGGAACCCUUAAGAUAACUGGUGUAAACUACAGUUUAGAGGAUUCACGUGGUUCUACAGUCAGAGGAUGCCAAAAAUUACUCACCUUAGACAAAAAUGUGCCAAGACAAAAUAUCCUCGACAGCAGACUGCAACUUGUCGUUAUUGGAAAAGCUCCUCGUUUAAAAGUCUCAUUCAAGGGGCUUAAAAGUAAGGUUUAUUGUAAUGAAAUAUUUCCGGUCAGUGUCACUCUAAAGAACGCCGGUGCUCUGAGCAUAUCUCGGAUAUUGUUGGUCUCGUCAGACAGUUGUUCCGUGUGGGUAAAGGACUGCCCCGUGAGCCAUCCUGUCAUAUUUGACAUCCCUUUGAAAGACAACUUGAAAUCCGGAGAAAGUAAAGAACUGACAAUUUACAUCCAGCCGUCCUAUAAAAAAGGAAAGCAAAAUCUAGAGCUUUUAUUUUAUUACGAAAGCGAACAUACGACAAUCAAACCGAGGUACCGUUUGGUAAAACAUUCAUGGCCUAUCACAGUUAACGAAGCAUUUCGUUUGACUGCAUUAACUUCAAUUAGUAAUGCAAUCAGUGAAACCGACGCUUUAAAUAUUAGGCUACAAAUUGAUUCUGUAUCAGUGGCUAGGUGUUCUACAAUUAUGAGAAUGCAGAUAGAAAGUGUUUCCAUUUCUAGCAAUAAAUGGGAACUUGGAAGAUGGGUCAUCGAUCCUUCCGUUGUGAUGGAAGAGUAUCAAAUAUUAUUUAUACUAAUUCAAGCAUUAAGAAAACAAGGGAACAGUACAAAAGGUACGAUUACGACGAAUUAUUUACUCCCGAAUGAAAUAAACGAUGUACCUUUUGAAUACUUUCUACCAAAAGGUUCAACUUCAGAUAACGAUAUUGUAUGCAUUGUGAAUUGGAAGUUGGAAAAUACAAAUAAUGAAAUAACCUCGUACGCUCGAGGACAGGAGCAUAUAUUUUUGAAUAACCCGAUAAACACAUCUCAAAACUUGUCAGUUGUUGAUCCAAAUACUUUCCCAUUAUUUAGAGAUGCUACCAAACCAUUGGAGGACACAAAACUAGUUAGCUGUCGGAUCCAUUUGCCUCAAAGAGUCCAUCAUCAGUUCAUGUCUAAAAGAUUGUGUACCAUCCCGGUAAUUCUAAAUUUACAAAACUGUUCGGACAAUAAACUGUCUAUUAAGGUCUCAACAUCCUUCAAUAAAACUUCUAAAAGCAACAGCCUACAAAGCCAUUCUUGCUGUUUCUCAUGGGUCGGGCAAACGUCAUUCACUAAAAUUAUAGAUGGUUACAGCGAUAUUGGAAUUUCUCUAGUCGCUGCUGUAACAACAACCGGUGCUUAUGACUUUAGCUCUGGACUCAGCGUAGAAGUCAAAGUGUGCAAUAAAUAUGUAAAACAAUUAUGUAAUUUUGAUUCAAUUACAGUUAUAUAUUGACAAAAUUGAUAUUGGUUUUGUUAAAUUUUUUUUUCAUUAUAUAAAAAAAAAAUUCUAUUAUUAUUUAUUGUAAAUAUUAUAUAUAAAUAUGUUUAUAUACGAGAGG